GACACCUACAGCCGAGAUGACUGCACCUUCAGAGAGCAGAUUUUACCAGAUGGGUACAACGUCUACAUCUCUGACAAACACGGAGCACUGCUCAGUUUAGGAAACCAGCGGCAAAGGCUGCAGGGUCGAGACAGAGGUGUCCCAACACUGGCUCAGUUCCUUCCUAGGAUAAGCAUUCUGGAACAGGCCUCAGCCCCAGGAUGGGGCAUUCCUGACCAGCCAGGGCUGAGUGCAUCACAAACAGAAGAACCUGUGGACUCUAUGGACUCAUUUGGAAAGCUCUCUCAGAUCAUUCACAGUCCCAGCUUCCACAAGAGAUGAGACAGUAGCUCUGAGACAUCUGUAAACACAUGUGACCUGGCGUGUUUUGCUUUGUCUGAGGCUGAUCACGCCUCCUGACAUGUUGCUGAACCUGGGACUGACUGCUUGUCCAGCCAGCCUGCACCUGGAAAGGUUGCUGUGAAGUCUUUCCAGCACUGUCCUGUCAAAUAAGACCAAGUGCAGUGUCCUACAGAGUGGAGAAUGACACCAAUAUUCAGUAUAACAUUUCUGCCUGUUAUUUUCAGUUACAACCUUUGUUCUCAAACAACACAACCAUACAUGAGGUUUUAUCCCUAUCCCCUAAUACAACAAAUAGGAGCAUGAAUUAGAUAUCCAACUGUUAAAAAUCACUGUUGGUAAAUAAAUAACAAUUUCAUAAUAUGACAAUGCUGUAGUAAUGGCUGCAACUUGGUUGGGUUUUAGGAAAGAUCAUGGUUGGGUCAAAAUCAUUUUUUGUUAAGGUUAGAGGACCUUUGCUGUCAAGGACAAAGGGAGGCCCCACCUUGUUAAGCCCGACAUGACAAAUUGCGAUACAAAUUGGCUAUACAAAUUAAAUUAAAUUUGAUUGAUUGAUGUUUCAAAUAAUAAACACAUGGUUAUAAACGGUAAUGGUUUAAAACAACACAAAAAGGUCUUUGGUUUGAAAUGGGAGAAGAACAGGUGUCUUUCAGGUGAAAUUAAGUUUAAGUUUUGAAGAACCAUUUCUUUAUCCAUCUCUGUCACUUUAUAACAUGACCAAACAUCCUCCUUGGCUCCUGUCAUAAUUACUGCACCACAAGAGGUCACUGUCACACAAAUGUAAACAUGUUUGGGGGCAUCUACUGACUAGACUAAUGCUGUCUCACACAACAACCAGAUGUGGCAAAACAAUUAAAUAUAACUAUGGUUUGAAAGAUGUUCUACAUAAUCAACUGAUGGGGUUGAUUUUUAGGGCAGACAUUUACUGACCAAACAAAUGUGCUUGAUAUCCCUCUAUGAAAUGAGCCUAUGCAUAACAAGUGUGUUUGAAAGAUUUGGUUGGACUAAAGAGAGAGUGACAAUAAAUGAUAAAAGAUCACCACAAAGUGAAACUGGUAAAAGGAAUUACUAUAGAGUAGUACUUAUUCUUGACAAUUUUAUACCUUUUAUUAUUCUUAUCUAUCCCUCUGUCUAUCAAUCUAUUUAUAUAUCUGUCAAUCUAUCUAUCUAUUUAUCUGAAAUGAGUCACACUGAAGGGCAGUGCUACAUUAAGGUGCAACUAAAUCUUAUCAUACAUCAAAUAUUCUGCCUUUCACAGUCUUUCUGGUUAGAACAGUCAAAUGUCAUUCUCAAAAUAUGUUUUUAUGCCACAAGAGUCUCAGCUUCAACUUUCUCAGUGAAGUGUGGCAGGGAAUAUAAUCAGGAUCAUAGUCACCACCUGAAAAAAGUAUUGUCAUCUUGUUAUGAGUUAUAUGUAUUGUUUGAUAUAAGUUAUUUAAAAAUCCAACAGUAUGAAUGUUUCAUUUUGAAUACACCUUUGGAAAUUUUUUAAUAAAUG